UUGUGGCCGCACGGCUGAGCGUGGCGGCGACAGCCGGCGCCGCGGCGCGCAGCGCUGUUCAGGAACGGGCGCUGCGCACUUGGCGCCGGGCCGCCGCCAUGGCCGGGGCUGGCGGCGGGUGGCGGCGACGGCGGUGAAUGAAUUCUCCGGGCGGCAGAGGCAGGAAGAAGGGCUCGGGCGGUUCCAGCUCCCCGCCCCGCGCCGCCGCGGCCUCGCCCCCAGUCGCGCCCGGGCCGGCAGCCCCCCUCCCGCCGGCGGCCUGCGCCGGGUCCAGCGCGGGGGCGGGGGCGGGCGCGGGGGCGGGGGCGCCGCCGCCGUCGCCGCACAAGCGGAACGUGUACUACUUCUCCUACCCGCUCGUCGCCGCCUUCGCGCUGCUGCGCUUCGCCGCCUGCCGCCUGGGGCUGCUGUGCGCCUGGCUCUGCCGCCGCAUCGCGCUCAUGGCCGCCCGCGGCGCCCCGGCCAGCGAGCCCGGCGGGGCGCCCGACACCGUGCGCGCCUGCCACAAGCGCGCCUUCGACUGCAUCUCCGCCGCGCUGCGCAUCGACGAGGAGGAGCGCGCAGGACAAAAGGAGCAAGCUAUUGAAUGGUAUAAGAAAGGAAUUGAAGAACUGGAAAAAGGAAUAGCUGUUUUAGUUGUUGGUCAAGGUGAUCAGUGCGAACGAGCACGACGUCUACAGUCUAAGAUGAUGACUAAUAUGGCUAUGGCCAAGGAUCGUUUGCAGCUUCUAGAGAAGCUGCAGGCAGUUUUGCAAAUUUCCAAGCCGCAAAUGGAGGUCUAUAAUGACAGUACUAACCUGGCAUGCCGCAAUGGACAUCUCCAGUCAGAAAGUGGAGCAAUUCCAAAAAAGAAGGAUCCAUUAGCGCACACAAGUAAUUCUCUUCCUCGUUCAAAAACCGUUGCAAAAACUGGACCCACAGGUCUUUCAGGUCACCAUAGAACUCCUAGUUACAGUGCGAUAUCAGCUGUAUCUAGACAAGGAACUAAUCCUGCAACUUCAACGCACAAGGUUACUCCAAAAAAUAGCAGAACUAAUAAGCCUUCUACUCCUACAACGGCUGCUCGAAAAAAGAAAGACUUGAAGAUUUUUAGAAAUGUGGACAGCAAUCUUGCUAAUCUUAUUCUGAAUGAAAUUGUUGACAGUGGGCCAACUGUUAAAUUUGAUGAUAUUGCUGGGCAGGAGCUGGCUAAGCAAGCACUGCAAGAAAUUGUUAUCCUUCCCUCCCUCAGACCUGAGUUAUUUACAGGACUUAGAGCUCCUGCACGAGGACUGUUGUUGUUUGGCCCUCCAGGAAAUGGAAAAACGAUGUUGGCCAAAGCUGUUGCUGCAGAAUCAAAUGCAACCUUCUUUAACAUAAGUGCUGCAAGCCUAACUUCCAAAUAUGUGGGUGAAGGUGAGAAACUUGUGCGCGCGCUGUUUGCCGUAGCCAGGGAACUUCAGCCUUCUAUAAUUUUUAUAGAUGAAGUUGAUAGCCUUUUAUGUGAAAGAAGAGAAGGCGAACAUGAUGCUAGUAGGCGCCUGAAAACAGAAUUUUUAAUAGAAUUUGAUGGUGUGCAGUCUUCUGGAGAAGACAGAAUACUUGUAAUGGGGGCAACUAACAGGCCGCAAGAGCUUGAUGACGCUGUUCUCAGACGGUUCACCAAACGGGUGUAUGUAUCUUUACCAAAUGAGGAGACCAGACUGAUUUUACUAAAAAACCUUUUAAGCAAGCAAGGAAGCCCAUUGACCCAAAAAGAGCUGGCCCAACUAGCUAGAAUGACAGAUGGAUAUUCAGGAAGUGAUCUAACUGCACUAGCAAAGGAUGCAGCACUGGGCCCUAUUCGAGAACUAAAACCAGAACAGGUGAAGAAUAUGUCAGCAAGUGAGAUGAGGAAUAUCAAAUUGACGGAUUUCACAGAGUCUUUGAAGAAGAUAAAGCGCAGUUUGAGCCCUCAAACCGUGGAUGCAUACAUUCGCUGGAACAAGGACUUUGGCGAUACCACAGUUUGAAACACUCCUUUGUAAAAGUGAGAGAAGAAAGUGCUAUCAGCAAGAAGCAAUUGGUACAGACUGCUGGACUGCAGCCAGAGUUUACAGGACAUUACAGAUCUUUAUCUGCACUAAAACUUGAGAUUGAAUAAAGAAAAAAUGUACAAUGUGAAAUAUGUUGAUCAAGGCUUCCUUGCCAUUUGUGCACAGGGCACUCUAAGUUAGAGCACAAUAAGACCUGGGGUAAACUCUCUAGCAAUCUAAUCAUGAUAUAAACAAUACUUUGUGCAUUGUGUUGUAGCUAGAAGGUUCCAAUGGCAUUUACUGUUGGAAGGCCCUACUCCCUUAGUUUAUUUUAUAAUUUUGCUUAUGGUGUUGACUUUUCCUGCUUUCUUCCUGAUAACAACUAACUUAACUGGACUUUUGUAAAUUUUUAUUGUUUCCAUUUUUGACAUUUUUAUUCACACUGUGCCAAAUAAACAAUUUCCCUAUGCAACAGGAAGAACAGCAUUGGGGAGUAGCAUUAUUAAAAAGGAUAAAGCAGCUGGUCUGUUAUUACUUUCUUUUGUCUGGUUGUAUUGUGGCUAUACAGUUCACAUGACAGUUUUAAAUUCUUUGCUAGCAGAAUGGCGCAAAAAAGAAACUUCUAAAAACAAAAAAAUCAGUUUUACGAUUACAUCAUAAAAUUGCUAGACUAAGCCAUUCUUUACGUGCAAUAUUGUUUAAUGCAUUUGCGCAGCUUACACUGUAGAAUGCCAGCUUAACUUUAUGAUGCAAAACUUUCACAUGAAGACCAACUGACACAUGAGAGGGUAAGUCAUAAACUGUCAGAUUUUUGAAACUGAAGUCUUACAGUCUGUACAAGUUUACUUCCAUAUUGGUCCUUACCUUUAAAUUUUAAGUGUGCAUUAAGGCAAGAAGCUACAGAUUUAAUACACACUGGCAUUUUUAUAGCCUUCAUAUGUUUUGGUUUAUAUACUGGUAUCUAUUCUAGAUUCAGCUGAUCUGUUCUUGUUAAAGUAAGUAUGGUCUUAAUGAAAAUCCAGGUAUUUGUAUUUAUACUGUGAUAAAGGGAAAUACAUUCUUGCCCUUUUAUUGCAUAGGGUUGAUAUUUAUUUUUUUUAUUUAUUUAUUUUUUUUACAAACUCAACUGUGGAACUUAAAAGUUUGACAAGAAAGUGCUUGUAGGAAGGAUUAGAGUCUCAGCUUUGGAAAACUUCUUUCAGUAAUGUUAGAUACCCCACCUUACUGAAGAUUUUGCCAGAGAUAUAAUGUAUUCAUUUGCAUCUUCAGUAAUAAUGUUCCUAAAUCAGUUUAUACAGAUUUUUUUAGCUUUCUUAAAUUAGCAACAGAAUUAUCUAUUAAGAUUUUCAUUAAAAGAAAUGUUCUUACAUAUGGAGGAAUAAAGCAGUUUAAAACAGUCUAGGGAUAGUUGAUCUUAGCAAUUAUAAAAAUAAUUUGCUGAAGCAGAGCUGCUGUGCUGCUGAUACCACCAGAGAGCUGUCUUUUGUUCAGUAUCUGAUAGCAGGAACUAAAUCGUAAAAGCUGCGUCAAAACUGUACAGAGGUGUAUAUGUGACUGUUCUAGGGUUUCUCUUUUUUCUUCUUUGUUUUAAACUGCUGAUUGCUUAACAUAACAAAAAAAUCAGUUAAGGCGAUGAGACAUGAUAAGAAAUACAGGAGGUUGUGUUACACAAACGUUUUUUGAAGACUGAAAGGCUUUCAAGAUUGGCAUUUUUUAAACAUGUUUAUUAUACAUAAUUUAAGGUGCAUGGGUUCUUUUCCCCUGAUCCAUCUCUCUCCAGUUUAAACUAGCCAGCAGCACUAAAGGAUUUCAGUGCCUCAGCUUUCUAUAAAAAGCCUUUUAAUUCCUUGUUGUCUGGCUUUUGUUCUGCCUUAGGACUAUGAAGUGUCUGUUUUGCACCACUUGGCUAACUCAUACCAUUUUUGUUAGGCUUGGGGCCAAGGUUGGUUAGUAUUACUUUAGUUACACAGAAGGGUACUGUAACAGUUGAACGUCUAGCAAAGACUGCAUCUUCUCUCAUUGUUAUCUAAACUUGCUUUUAUGUCAUUUUGGUGCAGUAAUUACUUUAUAUGGUAAACAGAUCUCUUGUAAACUUUAUUUUUAGUCAGGUUUUGUGCUGUCCAACCUACACUUUUACUUUACUCAAACAGGAAGAAAUGUACUAGAGUCUUAUACGAGAAGUGUAAUUCAGUGCAACCUUUUUCACUUGCAGUAUAGGGAUCAUGUUCACCUGCAACAAAAUUACACCUAUAUACAGCACUUAUCAUGCAGAAGACCAUAAACAUGCAUAGGGCAAAUCGGUUUAGGAAAUAUCUAUUUCAUACAAAUCAGUACAGGUCAUAAGGUAGAGUCUAGGCAUAUGUGGACAGUUACUAAUACUUAUUGUUAUAGUUGCUAUCUAACCUAUCCUGAAUAUUAUGUUUUUAUAAUGUGGGAACAGACUACGUACAGUAUUAUAGAUGUUACUAACACAGCAGUGAGUACUAGGACUCCUUAUCCUACUGUUUCUCUAUUUUUGCCACAAUUAUUGCAUUUUUGACAGCACCGUGAACUGAUUUAUCAUCCAUAGAUUUCCUUUGAACUUCAAGAUUUACAGUUGGCUAAAUGAUUCUUUCUGAAUUGGCAGUUCUGCCUUCUUCAGGGAAGUAUCUUGACAUUUUGUUCUGUUCUUUGAUACAUUUGUGGCCUAGAAUUACCUGGAUGCUUCUGUAAAUCACUUGUAAAGUGAAAUUAGUGGGGUUUUUUGUUCUGCAUUUCAGGUUUAAGUAUGUUCCAGUCCAGCAACUUCCGUUCAUCCACUGGACUAACAACAUAAAAGCUGAUAUUUGAAAUGUAUGCUUUACUUUCGAAAGCUGUUGCUGUUUGUUAAAUAAAUGUGGAUCUCUUUACAGAUGGUUGCUUUUUUUCCCCCUAAUCUAUUGAACUGAAGUAGGAUAGACAGGAAAUUGUUUGGCUUAAACUUCAAAUGAAAGUGUAGCAGUCUUUCAAGUAAUCAACUUUUUCAGAGUUCCCCACUACUCAUGCCUGACAAUGAUCAUGCUUUCUUUAAAAUGUCUAGAGUUCUGCUUAUCUGGCCUCCUGCCUGUGUGCUUUUUAAAUUUUGUUCUGUAGUCUUUUAUCAGACUUAUUAGAAGUGUCUAUCUCUACCUUUGCUUUUCAGCAGAAGUUCUACUUCUGACUAACUGGAGGAAGAAUUUUCUUUCUCUGACAGGUUCAGUUUCUAUAAGAAAAAAAUAAGUGCUUUCAGAUGCUACUCUCCCUUUUUAGAAUUAGUCUUUUUUCCAGUGUGGUGAAUGUCACUCACUAAUGCUGCAGCUGCUUCUGUACAGGACAUUGAAAUUAUUAAGUAAGACUAAUAUAAAUUUCCUAGGACUAUAGACAGCCCUCAACUAAGUUUGUUAUCACUUACUACUCUUAAAACUAUUAAGCAGUGCAUUUUAUUGAAGCACAGAGAUGUCUGGAAAGUACAGAGAUACCCUAAUAGCAGUUCAGUAUAGCAGCACAGUAAUGCAGACUUUUUUUUCCCCUCAAAAGUAUGAAUUGGGAACAGCAAGGAAUCUUGGAACUGGACCUAAAGUCUGUGAAAUAUUCCUGCCGUUUCUUCAGGGCAGGAUACAUAAGCAGCCAUUACUUGCUUGGCAAAUGACUCUUUUCAGACUGCACAUAGUUUAAGCUUUAAUCAAGUUGUCUACCACGUGAGAGCUUUUACCAAGGAAAAACAGUCAUUCUUUAGCCAAAUUUGACUAGCCAUGCAAAAACAAUGUUAUAAAGAAAAUGGCAAAAGCUUGAUCAGUAUUCUAAAAAUGUAAAGAGGAAUGAGGUCUGAUCCCACUCUCAAAAUGGAUAUAAGACAAAUGAUUGAAAAGGGAACACUUGAGCAUGACUAAGGUACUUUCCAUCAUGGAGUAGGUCUCCCUCUCCCCACUCCCCUGCCCCCCUGCAGAAAGGACAGUUCAAUCAAUUAGGGUUACAAAAUGUUGCAGCCCACUCUACAUCCUGAUUUGAAGUGCUUGUAUUCCCCAGUACGGACUUGGCACCAUACCAUCCUAUGCUAAAAUUGUUUGUAUUCUGUCCUAUAUACAUGGUCUAGUAACUGUUGAGGAUCUCCUUAUCUAAGUAUAACCCACAAAUUCCUCUUGCACUUCCCUGCACAUCAUGAGGGUAAUUUUUAUAGUAGGUCAGACUAGUUCUUAUAUAUCUAUGGUGCUUGAAUGACAGUUCAGGAUCUUUCAUGUAUCUUGGCUUUGGAGUAGAGAAAGCAUGUCCUGUGUUUAGGACUUGUUUGUUCCCAUUUGUCUACGUCUGUGUCUGUCUUCUAAAAGUUCUCUUGACAUUACUGGAUGUUAGGGGGCCUUGUGUGACAUCAAGAAUGGAGAAAAUUAGCAAGUAGAUAAACAACCAGCAGAGUCAUUGUGGUGGGAUUCUAAUGAUUGCUUUCCUUCAAGGCAGUUGCUGGUUUCACCAUGACAGAUACUUUUUGAGCCUUUAUGUAGCAUUGAAAGAUAUUACUUUAUUUCCCUGCUUUUUGUUGUUUCCAGUGAUUGUAAUAGGAGUGUUUUCUAGGAAAGUGGAUUAAAUUUGACACAGUUUUACAGAUCUCAUUCCUUAAAAACAAGAGAAGUUAUUUCGACUCCUUUUUUUUCUUGCUGGGAAAGGACAGGAUCAUUGGUUACUGUCCAAAAGAUAUCUGCUAGCAUACUCCUUAUCCUAGUGGAAACUAAUUUUGUUUUAGAGUGGUAACUGUUUACUUUGUCAAUAACUACCUCGUGAACCCAGCAAUAAUUGGCAAGGUAAACACUUCAGUGGACAGAUGGAUCCAUUAGCCAAACGUUGUAGGCUGUACCAGUACUUACUUGGGGCGUGACCUUUUCCUUUCCAGAUUCUUAGAUGUCUGAAAUGUAGGACAGUUGUUCUCAACCUUCUUUGUAUCGUGACUCAUUUGUAAACAUUGAUGGCCAGUCCUGCCCCAGUGCCUCUCACUCCUGACCCACUGCCCCUAGCCCCCCAGUGUGUGGGGCAGGGGGUGGGUGUGUAGGGCAUGGUCCCAAGCAGCCCCUUGCAGCCUGGAACUCUGCCAGCCUGCAAGGGAAAACCCAUGGUUUCCCAUCUUUUUCUCUCUUAAAGAAGACUCCAUCUUAAAAGUUUGUUGAUCUAUUUUUAAAGUUUGUUCACAACCCCUUCAUAUAUUCUUGCAGCCCAUUUUUGGGUUGUGACCCAUGGGUGGAAAAACACUGAUGUAGGAGAUCAAAGUUCUUCUUUUACUGUAAUUCUGUCCUUUUCUUUGUAGAUGGUUUAGAUGGGUGUAGACAGACAUAACAUUCCAACAUUACGUUUGUCUGUAUGCUGUAAUGUGUUUAGCACCAUGCUCAAGAUGCAGCUUCUCAGUUCUACAUUACCCCUCUGCCUUUGGGAAACCAGAAACAGGAGAAGUCACUAAUGACUAAGGAUGCACUUAAGAAACAGUUUGGCACUUCAUGUGGAGAAAAGGUUGAACAGUAUAGAGCAUUGGCUUUUUCAGAAAUCCAGGUUUCAGUUAAAGACCAAAGGUGCAGAAAAACAAUACCCUUUUCCAGUAAACUUGCCAGAUGACUCAAAUUGGGUUAGGGGGAAUAAUUGUAUUGUUGCUUCAGAGGCUCUUACUUCAGGGUGUCAGUUUUAUGAAAUGUUGUAAGUAUUGCUACCCAGUAUUAAAUUAUAUCCUUUUAUUGGUACAGGAACCGUGUGUAAAGCAUGAUGAACACUCAUGUGGCUUUAGUUCCACAAUUUUGAUUGUUCUUUAAUAAAAUGUUGCAAUUUGUCUGUUU